GCGGGUAUCCGAGUGGGUAUACUGAUGAAUAUGUUCGCUUGAAUUAACGUUAAGAAGUAAAAUUAUCAUACAAAAACUUCUUCUUUUCUUCAAUUGAAAGAAAGCAAACAAACGUUGAUUGCUCUUUAUUCAUUUCAAACAAAAAGAAAUGGAGGAUCCAAAUGCUGAUACGGAAUGGAAUGAUAUUUUACGUCAAAAAGGAAUUUUACCACCUAAAAAGGUGGAACCAGAAGAAGAACUUCCUCCACCUCCUGAUCCCAAAACCAUUUUAGACAAUUUAAAAUCAAAUGAAUUAGAUGAGAAAUUCGAUUUAUUAGAAGAUGGUGAAGUUGACGAGGAGGAGGCACGUUUCUUAGAGGAAUAUCGACGCAAGCGGAUAGCUAUGCUGAAAGAAGAAGCAUCAAAACCCCGAUUUGGUUGUGUACGCGAAGUGACCAAAGCUGAUUGGACAACAGAAGUGACAAAUGCUGGUGAUGAUAUAUUUGUCAUUGUUCAUAUUAGUGAAAAAGGUCAUGCUCUGUGUAGUCUAAUUGACAAUCAUUUGAGAAAAUUGGCACAAAAAUUUCCUACAGUGAAAUUCCUCCGCGGUGAAUCAUGUUUAUGCAUACCGAAUUAUCCAUCGAGUAAUUUACCAUCGCUUCUUGUCUAUAAAUCUGGUGAUUUGAAAGAACAGUUGAUUGGUCCUAAUGCUGUCGGUGGGAAUAGUGUUACUGUAAAAAAAUUGGAAUGGCAUUUAGCUAAAUUAGGUAUACUAGAAUCAAAAUUGAAAGAAGAUCCAUCGAAACGAAUCACUAUUAAAUUGGCUAAAAGCAAUUAUAUUAAACGUAUUGCUGGAGAUGAAUCAUCUGACGAUAGCGAUGAUGAUGAUGCCGAUGGGAAUCCUGGUGCUGGUGACGAUGAUGAUACUGAUGAUGAUUGA